AUGAAUCUAACUGGGCGUUCUUCUUUGUGGAGAGGGGGGCUUAAUUCACAGUUCCCUCUCAGCCUGCGUCUAAUAUCUCUUUCGUCUUUGUUAAUUCAUCUCUUUCUCCUCAUCUCUUGGCCCCCUCUCAGCGCUGCAGUACGCUCUCCCCUCCUCGGUGUCCAUGAUGGCUCGACCGUAGGGCGGGGUCUUGGGGGCCCCAGGGGCCCCGGCCUCACUCCUCGUCGUCUGUUGAUUGGAUGGACUCUGCGAAAGUUUUUUUUCGUGAAGACGCCUGAGACGCUGCUGGCUGAGCGCGCGCGUUCGCUGCGUGCGAUGGCUCCUGGGUGUGACUAUGGAUUGCAGUUUCUGUAUAGCGCAGUGAUGGUAGCUGGGAAGCACACGGCUGCUCGUUCUGCUUUAAUUGAUACCAGCAUGGAAGACAUCAUGGUGGCUUUCUUUCGCAUGGGCGGCUUUGAAAGUAAUCGCUUUCCUCUUCAGUGGUAUGCUAUAGAGACCGCUCUGCUUCGGUCGCAUGCCAGAGCUAUUCAAAUGGCACUCAGGAGGCAACAAGCAGAACAGCAAGACUACGAGAACGACCCUGAUAGAGAGAAACCUCUCGAUCUAACAGUGCCUGAAUAUGUAUGGAUGCUCGGGCAGCAGAGCCGAGACGCUGAGUGGUUUUUUGAUGGGAGCACGUUUCAUAAGAGAGGCGAUUACAGUAUCCCUGAGAAGCUGACAGAUCGUGAUAUUGGCUUUAUGAAGAGUGUACCUUUUAAUAUUAUCAGAGUAGCUAGGGGUAUUGAAAGAGAAACUCCAACAAAAACCGUCGCUCAUCUCAUCGAAGAACUGAGGCAGCGAGGAGUAACUACGCUUAACGAUAUCUUUGUGAAGACGAAUUUCCUUGAUCUUGUAUUUUCCACAGGUGUAAUGGACGAAAUGCUCCUGCAAGCUGAUAUUCUAUCGGAGUAUAUUUCGAACUGGGAGGCGUUUAAAGCAAACGAACUCACACCUCCUUCUAUUCCCCUAGGAAGCGGUCUUCCAGAUUUGUUGAAGACUCUGACAAGCAAGAAGACAACGAAGGAGAAAUACCCAAAGUGCCCCACCAUGGGGUGCUACGUGGAUAGCGUGUGGACGCAGCGAGCAGAACACCCAAUCGAUAAAGAAGACAAGCAGAAGGACCCGAAUGAGGAGAAGAAAAAAGACCAUUCGAGUGAAUCUUUCACCGAACUUCUCAUCAAGAAAACCACCGCCAACUCCCUGAAAGUCGUUGCCAUUGGAAACACAGGCCAAGCUAAAUACGAUAAGACACGAGGCUUCUGGAACCGCCUGAAAGGCGCACUUAAACUCAACGAAUUGGAAGAAACUGUACAAGCCAUGAAGAGUUGGCAUGAACGCGAAGGUGUGGAUAUUGCUCUCGGGCUUGGAGACUUUCUGAAACCCCCAGGCAUGCUCUCCGUUAGGGAACCCGGCCUCAAGGAGAAGUGGCGAGACAUAUUCGUGGAGGAUGCGGGGCUGAACGUUCCUUGGUAUAUGGUGAACGGAGAGGCGGAGACUAUGGUGAGCCGCUCGACGCCUUAUCGCUACCACUACACGCGGCAAGACUUAAACUAUCACAACCCCAACUGGAUGCAUAAAUCUGUUUUUACAAUGGUGGCGAAUCUCACCACCGCAAGUGGAGGCACAGAAGAUCAGGAGUUUACAGUACAUCUUAUUUCAAUCGACACCUGGGCGCUCUUCGGGGGGACUCCGUUCUACGAUAACUUGGGGCAGUAUCAGAAUAACAUGAUAGCGCUGAGCAACGCGUUAUAUCACUCGGCGAAAGCGAAGGCAGAUUGGAUCAUAGUGCAGGGCCACCACCCACUGACGUCUACAGGGGCUGAGGCGGAGGAGGCGCGGCUUACGUACAUCGACGAUAUGGUGAAGGCGAGCAGACCGCGAGGCCCCGAACAUCGUUUAGUAGAUCUGCUGACUUCCUACCAGGUAGACGCGUACGUUUCAGGUCACGAUGAUGUAAUGGAAUAUAUAACGAUGGCUGACUUGGACAAGAACAGCACUCUCGCCUUCAUCACCAGCGGCGGCGGCACGCGCAUCAUGAGUGGAAUUAUGGGAAGAGGCUGGCUGGGGAAGAUCAGAGGAAGACUGUUUCCUUUGCUCUGCUGGUCUGGCAGACGCAUCUUUUAUAAGCUCGACCCGGGAGGCUGCAAACCUUCUGAAAAGGACCAGGCACUGGCGUACAAGUUCUACGCUCCACAGGGCCCCAACUGGAAGAUUACAGUAAAAGAAAGGAUAUUAAAUACCACGGGCUUCGCCAGCUUGAAAUUCACCAAAGAUUUCCUCAUCGUUGACUUCAUCAGCAGCAGCACAGGCAAGCCCACCGGGAAGAAGCUGCACAAGCAAACAAAUAAAGCGGCUCGCGCAGUGAAGUUUAUCGAUUUCUGGGAGGAUGCGGACCUGAAACUAAAAGAAUUAAACAUAGAUCACGAGGCAUUUGAAGAAGAAAACCGAGAACGCGUCGCAAGUGAAAUUGCUUUCCAAACCCGUACACCCGUCCUGGGGGAGCGUCUGCGGCUGUACGAGAAGGAAUUGGUUGACAUAUACGGAGAAUACCAGCACUUAAAAUCCAAGAAAGCGAUGUAUGAAACGAUGAGUGCACAGAAAGCAGCGGCUCUUGAGGCUCAAGGGGAGAACCUCCGCGAAUCCGAACUUACUGAAGGCAUGUACGAGCAGACGGAACGCAUCAUCGAACUCAUGUACGUCAUGGUUUCGCAGCACACGUACAUGUGGGGUCGAUAUGAGGCGCUAAAAGAGCAGCGGAAGAAGCUGCCGCCGCAAGACUCCAGACACGCAGAGGCGCUGUUGAAACUGGAGAAGAAACUCGUCGAUGUACUGAAGAAACGCAGAGAAGUGUCGAAGAAAUAUGUCGAUCAGGGAAACCACCCAACACCAGCAGACGCAGAGCAGAUCAAAGAGCUCGGCGUCAAGUCUCGCAUCUUGAAACGCGAUAUUGCCGAAUUUGAACAAGUCAUAGAGGAGGAGCAGAAGAAAGCAGAAGGCGGGGAAGGGGGAAGUGGAGGAGAGCAGAAAGAGCAUAUCUCAACGGGGAACAACCCAGGAGCACAAGAAGAGCCUGCAAUCAAACCUCUAGACCAGAGCAUAGAGGCGCGUUUGGAUAGGAAGAAGCGACAGCUCCAAGAGCACGAGAGGGUAAUGAAGAGCAUCGACGAGUUGCCUUCUGCGGAGAAGGAGAAGAUGAAGGAAGAGAUAGGCAUGCUGCAACGACAGCAGACAAAGCUGCGAGCAGAGGUAGACAAACUGGAGGGAAUCUUGGGGAGCAAACAGUGGUCGGCAGACAAGAGACCUUCAGAGUUAUGGGAGAAACGUUUGCAGAAACACGAUCUAGAGCAGACACUCCAAAAUAUUGCGGCGUACAGAGAGUCAAUCGUAGAUAUACCUAAAGUACACCGCAGAACAAAAGAUUUGAACGAUGCCGUAGCCAACAUUGACAUACAGAAGAUGGAUAUUGAGGAGCAGCUGCUAGAAAUAGAAGACGAACUCUUUCACUAUACUGAGACGGACCUCCAGCGCCGUUUCUUAGACCUACUCGACAGGGUAAGAGAAGCCUCCCUCUUGGUAGACAGCCGCAGCACAAUGCCCCCCGAAGCCCUAGAAGACCCUGAAAUUCAGAAAUCCUUGGAGGAUGCGAAGGAAGCUCUAGAGACGCUGCAGCAGGAAGUAGAUGCAGCAGAUGAAGCGUUGCGGAAGGAGUUGAACGACCUCGACGAGGCCUGGAUAAAGCGAAUGAUUAUUCGAGGAGCAGAUGUGAAGGACCUAGCAGAAGAGUUUUCUAUUGAUGUUGAAGGUGUUAGGCAGGAAGAUGCUAAGGCGAGAGAAGCUGAUCCGUACAAACAGCUCGACUGGACGAAUGAACAAAUCGGAAUGUUUGAAGAAAGACUCACGUCAAUCGAGAAACUGCCUCCAGAAAGGCAAGAAAAACUUCAAACAGACAAAGAACAAAUUGAAGAGAGACUACGUGAGCUGAACAACUUGAAGGAAGCGGCAGAGAAGGCGAUACGCCUGAAAGAAGCAGGAGAGACGCAAACACCAGCAGAGAUAGAACAGCAGACAACGGAGAACGACAGCGGCGAUAAACAACAACUACAAACAACGAACGAAAAAAGCAAAGAAGAUGCUGAUGGGAGCAGCAUUCCCUCAAGACCCACUGCACCAACACCUGCAGAUACACCCGACGCGGGUCUCGGCUUUGAAGAGCAAACAGACGAGGAAACGGUGCCUAUGGUAUUUGACGACGAAGCAGGAAGAACGUCAACAUCCGCUGCAACAGGGGAAGCAGGAGCAGCAGCAAAAGAAGGUGAAGCAGCAGAAGAAGCAGCAGCAGGAGCAGCAGGAAGAGGAGCAGGUGCCUCUGCUGAAGAUGAAGCGGAAGAUGAUGAUAUGAAUUUUGAAGAAUUGCGUUUUUCUAGCGAAGGGUCUGAUGGUCGUCGUUUAGCUGCAGUUAUGGAGUGGUUCCAGCCAAAGAAAGAAGAAACACCAGUUAAAGAGCUACCAAGUAUAGACUUAGGCCCUAAAGAUCCUUGUGAAGGCGAGCCGAUGUUAUAUGUGGUAGUGAAAAAGGCAAUUAGUGCAGAAUAUGGAGCAACCUUCGCUGAAAGAUGUAAAAAAGUAUUCGCAAACAGAUCGCAUAGAUCGCAAAGGAGAUUCAUAGGUCUAUUCGAUGACUCAGGAGCUCCUGCUUUCUAUGAAAAACCCCACCCGCACAUUACUAGGGGCUUGAAGCAGCUCUUUGGAGGUCCAAACGUAAAGUCGUUCAUCAAUCUUAUGGCAGAGAUACGUAGAAGAAUUUUAGAUGUUGCGGGGAAAAUCGAAGUUGCAACAUAUGAAGAAGCAACGCAGACAGAGGAGAUUUACGAACAAAAAGAAGAAGAAGAAUUCAUUGUGCCUGACGACGAAUAA